AUGGGUAUUCAUCAAUUACCUGAAGCAGCCAGUUACUGGAGCUCAGACCCAUAUGUAAAUGUAAAUGCAGUAUCGAAUGUUAUGACACUUGGUUGCUAUAAGAAAAUAAUAGAGAACCUUCACUGCAAUGAUAAUUUGUUUCAGCCAGCAACAAACGAUCCUGGUUAUGACAAGUUGUACAAAAUCAGACCACUUAUCUCAGCCCUGAACAAAAACUGUUUGAAAGUAUAUCACCCUUCUACUUCACUAGCAGUUGAUGAGUCAAUGGUUGCAUUCAAAGGAAGAACGAGCCUGAAACAGUACAUGCUCAUGAAACCUGUAAAAAGAGGCUACAAAAUUUGGUGCCUUGCUGAUGCAAACACAGGUUUUAUUUCAAAUUUUGAUGUCUACACAGGUAAAUCUGUUGCCAGUAGACAGGAAUUCAAAGAUUGCCAAAUGUGUGAAAGAGUAGUGCUGGAACUCUGUAAACCAUUUUUUAAUUCCAAUAGAAAUGCGAUUUUUGAUAAUUUCUUUUCAACAUUUAGACUAAUGAAGGAACUGAGAAAACGGGGGCUUUAUAGCUGUGGUACCGUCAGAGGAAACAGAAAAGGCCUACCUCCAUUUUUGGCGAGUAAAUCACCAAGUCUAAACCAUGGAGAGUUUACAUUUGCUGUCAAAUCUGGUGUUGCUGCUGUUAAGUGGCAUGAUAGCAAAGCAGUCUGUCUCAUUUCCACUGCACAUAAUCCUAAAGAUGUUGUAUUCAUCAAAAGAAAAUUGAAAGAUGGAUCCACAAUCAGCAUUUCAUGUCCUGAAGUAGUACAUGCUUAUAAUAGUACUACGGGUGGAGUAGAUCGUUUUGACCAGCUACAAGAAAGGUAUAUGGUUGGCAGGCAAUCAGUAAAAUGGUGGCACCGACUAUUUAUUGUUUUGUUGACUUAG